AUGGCCGAAAUCGAGCCCAAACAUGAAAAGCUUGGCAUUAAGCCGGCCGCUGAAAGCGAUGGACCAGAGGUGGCGUCAACCAAAGAGGCCGAACUCGAGAACCAUGAGGUUUUCCAAAUUACGGAGGACGGCGUGGACUUCCGAAACGUCAGCUGGCCGCGAGCCACCAUCAUCUUUCUGAAGAUCAUCUUCGCAACUGGCGUCUUGUCCAUCCCGACGGCCAUGUACAGCUUGGGCGCUGUUGGAGGCGCAUUAAGCGUCAUAGGAUGGUCUUUCAUGAAUACCUAUACUGCCGUCAUCCAAGGCAACUUCAAGACUCGGCAUCCCGAAUGUCACACCUUGGCCGAUAUGGGCCAUAAAGUCGGCGGCGUUGUGUUUAGAGAAAUCAUCGGCAUCCUAUAUCUGGUCGCAUAUAUUCUCUGCACGGGAAGUGGCAUUGUCGGUUUAUCCGUCGGCUUCAACGCCCUUAGCGACCAUGCCGCCUGCACCGUUUGGUGGUCUUUCUUGUCGAUGGUCCUCAUAACGGCAGCUGCGUCAGUGAGGACACUUAGGAACAUUGGAUGGCUCACCUGGGUUGGGUUUUUCUCAAUAUUUAUUGCUAUUCUGGUGGUGGUGAUCGGCGUCACCUUGCGGGUUCGUCCCGCUGCCGCUCCACAGACUGGGGAUUUCGAUCUUGGCUACCACGUUAUCGCAUACCCGACCUUCGCCGAAGGUAUGACGGCGACGGCGACAAUAUUUGUGUCGAGCGCUGGAACCUCGGCGUUUUUGCCAGUGAUAUCCGAGAUGAGAAAUCCGAGGGACUAUAAAAAGGCCUUAUACAUAUGCAUGGGACUUGUGCUAUGUAUGUACUUGUCAUUCUCCCUUGUCGUUUACCGGUGGGCCGGCGCCUGGGUAACGAAUCCGUCGCUUGGUAGCGCAGGUGGCACCCUGAAAAAGGUGUCAUACGGAAUCGCCCUCAUCGGCCUAAUGGUCAGCGGCUGUCUAUAUUUGCACGUCGCGGCAAAGUACCUAUUCGUGCGUUUGUUACGUGGAACCAAACAUCUCCAGUCCAACACGGUCACUCACUGGGCGACGUGGCUUGGGUGCUCUAUCUCACUCGGUGUGAUUGCUUGGAUCCUGGCCGAGGCAAUAGCGCUUUUCAGCUACAUCAUUGCCUUGACCGGCUCAGUCUGUUUUGCGCCAAUGGCGAUUAUGAUACCGGCAGUACUGUGGCUCUACGAUUUCUGGGACUACCGGAAAGGAAACAUUUGGCAGAAGGCCAAGUUUCUUUUCCAUUGGUUCCUCAUUUUUCUGGGCGCGUUUAUCACUGUGGGCGGAACCUAUUCUACGAUCCUGGCUAUCAUGAAUGCGUAUGCGAGUGGGGAGAUUGGCUCUGCUUUUUCCUGUGCGGACAACUCAGGCACCCUUAGUGGCUGA